UCCUCGUAUAAUUAAAUCGUUGACCGUUACUUUCAACCCUAUUUUCAUUAAACUUUUUCAACAUCAAACGAAAAAUGUCGUGGAGAGGUCGCGGCGGCCGGAAAUGGAGUCAACGAAGAGGCGGUGGCUUCAACAGUUCGCCGGACUCUGGUUUAGUAGCCAAAUCUUUAAUUUUCACAAGUUUCUGGAUAGAUUCUCUUUAUUAUUCAUAUCUUAUGAUUCUCAAGAUAGGCUGUCAGAAAUUAUUGAAGAUGAUGAUGAGGAGGAAGAGAAUUAUAGUGAUGAAGGUGACUGUGUAAUGAUGAUGAUCGAUGAAUAUAAUCAAGAUGAGGACGAUUAUUAAUAACUAAUCAGCUUUCAUUUGUUAGCUAAUGAUUCUGUCUAUGUUGCUCUGGGAAAAGAUGUUGAAGAAAGUAAGCAAACUCUGUUGUGGGCAUUAGACAAUUUUCAGUUCAAGAAAAUCUGUGUCCUUCAUGUUCAUCAACCUGCUAAAUUUAUCCCAUUGAUGGGUGUGAAUUUCCCAGCUAGCAGAUUAGAACAACAUGAAAUCAAUGUAUUUCAAGAACUGGAAAGGAAGAUUAUGCACAAAAUCCUGGAUGAUUACCUUCUCAUAUGUCGUCAGGCAGAGAUUCACGCAAAUAAGAUAUACAUUGAGAUGGAUGACAUUGGAAAAGGAAUUAUAGAGCUUAUCUACCAACAUGAUAUCAAGAAGCUUGUUAUGGGAGGUGCAGCAGAUAAGCAUUAUUCAGAGGGAAUGAAGGAUCUCAGUUCCAAUAAGGCCAAAUAUAUCAAACAACGGUUACCUCACUCCUGUCAGGCUUGGUUUACCUGCGAUAGACACCUUAUUCUAACAAGGGAGAGCGAAUCUUCAGGAUUAUCUACUGAAUUUGGAGAUUCAGCUUCUGCCACAGAGCAGGACAUUGAUGACAAUGAACUUGCAUUAGAACUAUGCGAAGUGCCUGAAUCAGAGGAAGAUCUUUUGAGUGCAAUGGAAGGAAGUAGCAUAGAUUUGCUUUAUAGUCAACUAGAGCAAGCAUUGGUAGAGGUUGAAAACCAUAAACGAGAAGCAUUUGAAGAAUCACUCCGACGCAUUGAAGCUGAGAAGACUUCUAUUAAGACUCUUUGUCGGGCUAAAGCAUUAGAAAACUUGUACACUAAGGAAUUGAAAGGCAGGAAAGAAUUCGAAGAAGCACUAGACAAAGAAAAGGAAUGGAGGCAAAAAAUGAAGAACCAACUAGAAGAAGCACAAGUGAUAGCCUUGGAUCAAAGAAUGUUACAUCAUGUCCAAAUUGCCGACUUAGAUAAUAAGAUAAAAGAGUUGCUAGCAGAGAAAGACGAAUUCCAGAGUUUAGCUGAGCAGCUUGCAAAAAAGCAAGCAGAAGAUGUUUCAAAUUCAGAAAUGCAUCAGUUUCUUUCUGUUUUCUCUUUGUCAGAAAUUCAGGAAGCAACCCGGAAUUUCGAUUUAGCAUUUAAAAUUGGUGAAGGGGGCUACGGUAACAUUUAUAAAGGCUUCCUUCGCAAAACGCCGGUUGCCAUUAAAGUCCUGAAUAGAGAGAGCUUGCAAGGACCCUCAGAAUUUACGCAAGAGGUUCGUGUAUUGAGCAAAAUUAGGCAUCCGAACUUAGUAACACUUAUCGGAGCCUGCUCAGAUGUCUAUGCUCUAAUCUAUGAAUAUGCGCCGAAUGGAAAUCUUGAAGAUCGGCUUCAAUGCAAGAAUAACACUUCCCCAUUGUCAUGGCAAGCUCGAAUUCAUAUAGCUACUGAAUUAUGCUCUGCCCUUAUAUUUCUUCAUUCCAGUAAACCUUACAGCAUUGUACAUGGAGAUAUAAAACCUGGAAACGUCCUUCUUGAUGCUAACUUUUCCUGUAAACUCAGCGAUUUUGGAAUCUGUCGAGCACUUUCGAUAGACGUGACAUUGUGUCACCAAACUAGUCCAAAAGGAACUUUUCUUUACCUGGAUCCUCAUUUCCUAUCUACAGGGGAAUUAACUCCAAAAUCAGAUGUGUAUUCGUUUGGAAUUAUAUUGCUACAAUUGUUAACAGGAAGGUCAGCCCUUGGCAUAAUAAGAGAAAUCAGGAAUGUUAUAGACGAUGGCAAUUUGCAAACUUAUUUGGAUCCCUCAGCAGGUGAUUGGCCGUUUGUUCAAGCUAAACAACUAGCUCGAAUAGCUUUAAAAUGCUGUGCGAUUAAACCAAGAAACCGACCAGAUCUUGCAUCAGAAGUGUGGAGGGUGCUAGAACCAAUGAGAGCUUUCUGUGGAACCUCGGGAUUAGUGCAGCUUGGAUGUCAGGAAAAUCAGCAGCCUCCAUCAUAUUUCUGCUGUCCCAUUUUGCAGGAAGUGAUGCAAGACCCUCAGAUAGCAGCAGAUGGAUUCACAUAUGAAGCAGAAGCUUUGAAAGGAUGGUUAGAGAGCGGACAUGAUACUUCACCAAUGACAAACUUACAACUGGACCACUGUCAUCUCAUUCCUAAUCGCUCUCUUCACUCAGCAAUUCAGGAAUGGCAACAAUUCAAACCCUCUAACUAGCACUGAUCUAGUAAUUGCUAAAACCACAACACAUGUUACCACUGUUUACCCUGAAAAUUUACAUUAUUUUAGGAUAAUUUUUAUUUUCUCUACAGUGUUAAUUUUAAAGUAAUUUUUAUCAUUUAAUUAGUUUAAUUUCAGUAGGAGUCAUAUUAGUCACUUGAUAAGUGAUAAACUCCUUAUUUUAGAAGCAAAUCACAUUCGAAAGUUUAGUUAGAAUAUGUUUCAUAAUUACUGUUAGUCUCCCAUAAAAAGGGAAUUAUUUUGUAUUAUGCACACCUCAUAUAUCAACAAAUUAUUGAUGCCUC